AUGCCUGACUACAAUGGUGGUCUACAGGCACUAUCCAUAUUACGUGUAUUGAGCGAUGUAUGUCAAGCUUUGUCUACGGCAGAUGGUCUACCGACUUCAACCGAUCCACAUGAGAUCUUCGACAUCAUUGCUGGUGUAGGCACCGGGGGGUGGCUGGCCAUUCUACUUGGUCGCUACAAACUCAGUAUUCAGCAGUGUAUGGGAAUAUACAUUUCCCUGGCCAAUGCAAUAGAUCCUACUCGUAAAAGCCCAUCUGUUCGAGAUCGGGGCUUACCUGCUGCUAUUGACCAGGCCAAACUCGUGGAGAAAGUCGACAAGAUCAUUGCCGAGUACGAGAUGGGUGAUACCUUGCUGGAAGACAUGAGCAAUAUUGACCUGCAGACUGGUCAACAUGUUUGUCAUGCCUUCGCUGUUGGUGUGGUCAAACGUGACAAGCACGAACAAGGACACAAGUAUCACCUCUUUAGAGCAUACAGGCCUGUCGAAGGAUCGAACCAAGCAGGUCCAGACCCGACCAAAUGUAAAGUGUCAGCAGCAUGUGCAGCGACUACAGCCGCCAAAGACUUUUGCAGAGAAUAUGCUCUGAAUGGAACAACCUAUUGGGACGACAGCUUUCCCAACACGCACAACGUCUCAGGGCUUGCGCUCGACGAAUCAAGCACCAUAUUUGGCGAGCAUGUGGCACCUCAGUUUGUUCUCAGUAUCAGCCCUGGAAUACCAACCGACAAAGACAUUGACACACUGCGUGGAAUUGCACAUAAAAAUGCUUCGACGACGUUCAAGGUGAGGCACGGCCUGAUGUCUUUACCUGGUCUUCGUCGUGUGUAUUCGGGCAAUGGUACCAUAAAGUCACCCGACCAUCGACCUGCAUCGGAAAUGAGAUCGCAAAGUGCCCCUACAUUCUCCCGAUUUGGAGUCAGCGUUAAAAGAUCGAACACCGGCAGCAGUAUAGAGAGCUUCGAACAGGAACGUGUACAUCAAAAAACUAUCAAGCACCGUUUGACAGAUCAGUUUCGCGACGAUACGAUCUACCAUCGGUUGGAGCUGCUGGCUGACCAAUCGAACGAGAGGCCGUAUCUCGACGACAUCGCAGCUCCUGAACGAGCAAAUAAGCUUGCGGAUAGCUUCCUCAAGCUACCACAAACGUCACAUGAGAUUGAUCGCCUUAUCUCGAGAUGCAGGAUACAAGUACCGGAUCACGAGAAUAUUACAGAAAACCCGGAGCGGAGCCCUUCGCCUGAACAGAUUGAAGAAGUCCAGGAGAUCGCGAGGGACAGGAGUCUUGAUAGGAGGAAUCAUAACACUUCUAUCGUCCGUGAACGCGAGCUGGCGCUAGCAUGGUGA